UGACCGAACUCUCAGAAAUAAUAACUUCCGGCCUCCCUUUAAUCUCCCAAACAUCCUCUCAACCCAAAACAAGCAAAUCUACAUAGAACUGCACGAGCUGUACAAGAAAAUCUUCCCUGCAGCACGACAUUAACCAAUUAGACCUGUCCUAAAUUAGAUCUGGCUGAAUGGUCACCACCAAAGCCAAAAAAUACAAACAACAACAACAACAUGAACACCAAGAAGACUUCUUGAUCAACACAAUACAGGCCACAUUUAACAUGUCUGUUGAUGCCAACGGAUCUGCUAAAAGAUGCCGCAUCGGCCCGAUCGGCCGCUGUUGCGACGGCCGAGGGAGAAGAAAAAGCCGCCUCGAACGUUUUCAAGGAAAGGAAGGUCAAAAGGAGGAGGCCAAGAGGCGGAGGAUCGAAUAGAACUCGUCAAGGUGUUGCGUGGAGUAGGCCGAAGAGGCUUCGGCCCCUCUGACCUCUGCGGCCGUCCAUCGGCCUGCAGUGGCCGAGGUGGAGGCGGCCGGCUAGGGGGAGGAGAGGCCCCCGGAGGCGGUGCCGCUCCCUGAGGGCCGGAAGGAGGGUCCGAUGUGUGCUUCGACCCUGGUGCAGCAGAAGAGGUUGAACCCAAGCUGGACGAGCUGAGCUCCUUUGACUGUGCCAACAAUUUCAACAAAGCAGGACAUUGGCUCGGCCCGUAUUCGUGAAUGCUUGGAAGACUCCGAGCCUGACCUGAUGGAGAAAUCAAGCGCUAACCGAGUCUGCGCCGUUUGUCAGAGAGGAUUCGGACGCAAGACAAAGGCCGUCGUCCAGUGUGCUCUUCAUUAACAAAUAAUGUAUUAUAUCAAUUCAGAAGUGAACGAUGCAGCAGCAAAACCAAGGAAAUUCUGUACGUUUUCGAGACAGGUCGAUCUUGCCCUUCGCCAGUGACCUGCUUAAGUGUUCAGCGACGGGCAAUCGUGCCCUGAUGAAUACUAUGCCCGAUGCGCUCUAUGCGCUGAUUUGCUGUUGGAACCCAGAGUUCUUGCGACUGCACUUCACAGGACCACUUGGAAGCCGGCAACGCAUUAAAACACAAGUCGUCGAUGCGAUCGUCGAUGCCCGAUCGCUCGUCUUUGAAUUUGAUGCGUUGCCUCCAGGAGGACAUCGGAUGGCCGACCUGCCCAGCUUUCUGAGAAGGAGGCUUAAUGAUAUCUCGAGAAUCGGGAUAAGAUAUAUCCCCACCUUGUGCUGGCACAUGGGGCUUCGUUUUCUUCUGAGUGACAACCUCUAUGCCCUCCGUCAAAGGGCUGCCGAGGAGUAUCACCAGAGGGGUUUUGUCGAGUAUUUUGAAGCUCCAGGAGCUCAUCUGCAGGGAGCCGCCGGAGACGCGCCCCUUCUGGCCCCACAACAAGGUCCUCCUCUUGAUCAACAACAGGGGGAGCAUGAAGGAAUUGCCCCUGGUCCGGCUGGAGACCAGCAUUAAAAGUUGCAUUUAGUUUACAUCACUCAAGUAUUGGUACAAAGAAAAAACUUUAAGCUGUUUCCCUCUUUCAAAGUUUGAGUGAUUUGUGCAAGCAAAGAAAUAAUUGUUACUUACUACACACUAUGCGUUAUUAUUUGAUGGUGCCAUGCAGCUGAUAUUGAUAUAUGAGCUACUUCGUUUCAUUGUUUUAAUAAUGCUACAUGUACAUAUGACAAGUCAAUAAUUGUAGGGAGGAUAUUUGAACUAAAAACAAUUUUGUGUAAGAGAAUGAUUCCUUGUAUGGUUCUCCCUUUGGGACGCAGACUCCUUUCCUUUUGCCUCGAUUUUUCUACUCGGUCACUGAUUCUAAUCAAAACAUUUUUAAAAAUAAACUUAGCCCUGGGGUCAAAUAUUCAAUUUCUCCACCAUCUUGCAAGAGUCCUUUGGCCUUAUUGUGUAAAGUGUGUUAUCAAAGUGAAUGUCUAUAAUGUCAUCUCAUCUCAAAAAAAAUGUUUUAGUUUAUCAUUAACAUAGUGUAUAAUUAUGUGCGAAAGAGUUAAUAUACAACUCUUGUUAAUUUUUAUUUGCAGAACUGACAUUAUGCCUUAAUGUUCUAAUUUCUGAGAAUGAUAAAGUAUUUAAGUAACUCAUUUAACUUAAGUGGUAGAUAAAUAAACUGAGAAAAAUGAUUGGCCAGAAUUUGGUCCAACACUCCUCUUCCAUUUCACUUAAUGAAAGAGGAGUUCUGAUGGUUUUACGAUCAGUCGUGUUUUCUCAAAAGCAGUCGAGUUGACCAAACAAACUUGGCAUUUUUGUUUCCAAAUCAUAUCUAUGUAUUAUUUUUUUGCCUCAAAGACAGUCGCAGACCAAUUAGUUUUUGUCGUUUUUAUAAAUUAUAAAUAGAUGCCAAAAAAUGAGACAGUUGAUGUUUACUUGCCCUUCAUUCAUUAAAAAAAUUCUAAUUUAUGUCUCCCUUGCACACAUAACAGACAAAAUGGAUAACAGGAAUAAAAGCUAAAUUUGUAACAAAUGAAAUAAAAUUCUUUUAAAUAUAC